CCUCAAUGUUGUAAUACGGAGUAUUGUAUGGCCGUAUGAAGAAACGAAAGCGCGCGCAUAUUUCGGUAAGGGAUUCCGCUAGCAUUUGGCCGGUAAGUUUCGGUGCAAGUUUUCAAUUCGAUCUCUUCGCACACGGCUGUGGUUGGAUUCAAUCCGGAGUACUCUAGUAGGGAAAUUGCUCUGCAAAUUGCAUGCGAGGCCGCCGAAGACGAAAGCUUGUUCGGUGACUGUUCGGGCCAUAUCCCGGUGCCGGCGGCCCGGCUCUUCCAAGUCGCUCCUUGGUUCGAUAUUCUGAACACCUGGUUCACGCAUCAUUUGAAUCAACCAUGGAGAGUUGUACAGACACAUCAUCAUACAGGAUUCCUUCAGCUGUGUUUGCUCCAGAUACGCCUCCAAGAUGCUCAGACUGGAGUUCAGCUUCCAAUGAAUCAUUGUUCAGUAUCCAAAUGGGAGGGAGCUUCACCAGGGAUCAUUUCUUUGGCUACUCUGGGGAAAUAACGAGUGAUCUCCCUCCUCGUAUCCAGGCUGUGACCAAUGAAAUGACAACUGAUCCCCCUCUUCCUAUCCAGGCUGCAACCAAUGAAAUGACUACUGAUGGAAACAAUCACGAGGUAGGACAAAAACCACAAACUACUGAUGUCUGGAAAGGGGUCAUACAGGAGCGAGAGGAACACAAUCAGCCCAAAAAGUUAAAUGAGGAGACACACAUUUCUCAUUACUCUGUGGAGAGUAUCACCAGUGACAGAUCAUUUGCAUUCCCAAUAUUGACAGGGCAGACCGAUAAAGAAGGCGCUGAUAGCAUUGGCAAUGGCCGGGUGCAAUUGAGCCAAGAACAGCGGCAACAGCCAAUGUCAGAGCCACUACCACAGCGGGAGGAAUCAUUAAAACCAUCUGAGCCAAGUAACAAUCAAGGAGAGCCAUUGCCAGACCAAACUACUUGGUUUUCUUGCUUCUCUAAUUUCCCUUGUUGGCCUUGUACAUUUUGUUCUUGGAAGGGGAGUUUUUGCCUCAGCUAAUUUUUUACUAGUCUCAAAUGUUAAAGAAAAAACUCAAUUUUGUGAAGGUUUUGCAUUACAUUAGAAGGAAUGUUUAGACAGAGCCGUUGCUGGAGAUUUUGAUACUGAGAGCAAAGUUUAUACCUGUGUCUCAAGUCAUAAUUGUCACUUUAUUGACCCCAGAGUUCAAAAACAAC